UCUUUAAAAUCUGUGUGUGUUCAGGAGCAGAGUUUUUGUCUCUGCAACUCUGAGACCACUAACACUCUUUCUUCAUUAACUUCUGGACAGAAGUUUGAAAAACAUUCAUAUUUUGAAACCCAGCUUUUCACAGGCAGGCUCAGAGUGUUUUCUGAAAAAGUUCUGCAGGGCAGAGAAGUUGAACACUUGAUCACAUGCGGGAGCACAGGAUAGAUGGAGUACAGCUGACUCAACAGCUACAGGGGAUUUGGGUAUUACACCUUGGAGGUUUCCUCCCAGGAAGAGUAAUUACUCAAGACAUUAAUAAUUCAUGCGUUCUGACCUUCUAGUCUGGUUGCCAGGUUUUGCAAUGGAACAGGUAUGGUUUCUGCUCCUGCUGACGACUAAAGUGCUUUCGGUGACUGCUCAGUUCAAUGGAUACAACUGUGAUGCUAACCUCCAUAGCAGGUUUCCUGCUGAACGAGAUAUCAAUGUUUUCUGUGGAGUGCAGACCAUUACUAUGAAGAUAAAUUUUUGCACAGUUCUUUUCUCUGGUUAUUCUGAAACAGAUCUGGCUCUGAAUGGGAAACAUGGGGAUGCUCACUGCAGGGGGUUCAUCAACAACAACACCUUUCCAGCAGUGGUCAUUUUCAUCAUCAAUCUGAGUACUUUGGAAUCCUGUGGAAACACUUUAGUGGUGUCCUCAGCUCGAGGUAUCAAUGCUUAUGGGAAUACCUCAGUGAUACAGAUAGGUAAUGUUUCGGGCUAUAUAGAUACACCAGACCCACCAACGAUUAUCAGCUAUUUACCUGGGCUUCUGUAUAAAUUUAGCUGUAGCUAUCCACUGGAAUACCUGGUUAACAAUACCCAGCUUGCUUCGUCAUCAGCUGCUAUUUCUGUAAGAGAGAACAAUGGUACAUUUAUCAGUACUUUGAAUUUGUUGCUUUACAAUGACUCAACCUACAGCCAGCAGCUCCUUAUCCCAAGUACAGGUUUACCUUUGAAAACAAAAAUAUAUGCAGCUGUGAGAGCAACCAACCUUGAUGGCAGGUGGAAUGUCUUGAUGGACUACUGUUACACCACGCCAUCUGGUAAUCCUGGUGAUGAUCUUCGGUAUGAUCUUUUUCUCAGUUGCGACAAAGACCCACAGACAACUAUAAUUGAAAAUGGCAAGAGCCAGAUGGGAAAGUUUUCUUUUGAGGUAUUCCGCUUUGUUAAGCACAAGAACCAGAAGAUGUCUACAGUCUUCCUUCACUGCGUGACAAAGCUGUGCAGAGCAGAUGACUGUCCCUUUCUUGUGCCAAUUUGCAGUAACAGAGAAAGAAGAGACACUGGUAGGAGAACAACUUGGAGUCCUCAGAGCACCUCUGGCAAUGCUGUAAUCACUGCUGGCCCCAUCAUUACAAGGAGUGAUGAGACACCAACCAACAAUUCACAGCUUGCUCAUCUGAAUGGAGCUCCUUUCCAGCUGAAUUCAGUCACCAGUGCACUGAUUUCUGGCGUGGUCAUUCUAGGAAUCACAAGCAUUUUCUUUUUUGUAUGGUCCCUAACACUUCUGCACAGAAAUUGGCCCAACAGCUCAAUUUUGAGCGGCAUCCGAAACCCAGUUUUCAACUGAAAGUGAUGUACUUGCACUUUUUCUUUGGGGUUGCCUUUCUUGUUCAUGAGAUACAUCACCACUAAAAAAAAAAAAGGGGGGGGGGAGCGCAAUAUUCCAGCUAUAUCCAGCUGCUGUUCCAGCUAUUCUCUAUCUGCAGACUUGUUAGAUGUUGUUGUGUAGGUAGGUAGCAGUAGUAUUGGUAACAAUCCUAGGAAAUUAUGAGAAUCUCAAUUGUGUUUGUGAUCAGACUGUGACAUUAUGCCCGUGGGUGUGCUGACAAUAGAGCUUGUGUCUCCAGCUUCCUGGUAAGUUCUUCAAGCUGAAGAUGCUUAAGGUGAGAAUCUUUCCAAGUAUGCCAUUCUUACGCAAAACCUGACACAUGCAGAAACAUUCCUAAAAUCAUAUACACCUACUAAGAUGAGGAUCACUUCUAUUUUGUCAUGUUUUGUCACAAAUUUGAAAAAACAAUUGUAGCUCAGGAGGAGCUUGUUAUUAUCUGUCUUGGCUAAAAAGAGCCACUGAAAGACUUAGAACAACAAGUGACUUUUGUUUAUUAUUAAUUUGAAAGUAUUUUCUUAAGAUAUGUCUUCAGUUGAUUUGUGGUGAUAUCACAAAAAACAGGACAGAAUUUGGCUGAUAUCUUUGAGUUCAGGGCAAAUUGCAGUAGGUCAUGAACAAUGUGGCAGUUUUAGAGCUGGAGAAACUUUUUUGCCAACAAAAUCACUGAGUGAGAACAUAAGUGAGUUUUAAAUCUGAUGUUCAGCAGAAAGCUAAUUCUGCACAGAAUCACCACAAACACAGUCUUCAGUCAAAUUCUAACACUAGGAAAUGCUCCAAGGGGAGAAUGUAUUUGUUCAGCCCCUGCCUCCCUGAAGAGGCAAGCAAAUACAACCAACUAAUGCCAAAACUUUCCCGAUCUGAAAUUAUUUUGGAGCCUAAUUUGGCAGUAGAACUCUAACACCCCAAUUUGUAAGGUCCAGUUUUGCCCUUUUUUUUUUUUGUAGUUCUGACUUUCCUGUCUAUACAAAGAGUAGUAGAUCAAUGCUUAUUUCUUCAGCAGAUUUUCCCCAUGGAUUAGAUUUCUUCAUUGCAUGGAUAAGGGGAAGAGAGCAACUAGAAGAAUACCAGGCCACAAGCAGUACCAUACUGUUGACUCCAGUUAUUCUGAUAAAGACUUAUCUGAAGUCAGUGUGAGUUACCAGGUGUCUUUAAACAGGUUCAGCUGUGUAGAAUAGACAAAAUCCUAGUACUAGAGAGGCCAAAAUAGAUUUGACAUUAAGCUGGACUGGAUAGACAGUUGGGAUUUUGGUCACAGAUUCAGCAGUUAAUUUGGAAUUUCAUUUUUUCAUGUACUGUACGUAUUGGCCCAGAAACACCUCAUUAAUAUUUAUCAUCAUCAUCCUGUGUUAACAAUGUCUGUAUUUUCAUUAAUGUGACACAACUGGCUAAUGAUCAGGGCUCCUUGGCUCUCAAGACUGAAUACAUAGAGACUUGUUCUCAGAUUUGUGAUCCUGCAAAUGCUGUAUAAAGGCCUGUUGUUUGCAAAGUCAACUGUGCUCUAGUGUGGUAUCCCUAACAACCAACACUGUACCUAUUUUCCUCCCGUCUUAAUACCUCAGAAACAUUUUUGCACUUCAGGGGUUAGGUCUGAUGACAUGUAAAACAUGAUUGUUUAAUAAAAUUAUUUGAAACACUUCA